GUAGGAAACGUCAAGAAUAGCCGAAUAAUUUAAGAAUACUUGAAACUUCACAACUUUGACUGUCAACAUUAACUUUCUUAUUUAGUCGAUUAAUUUUUCUUCCAAGGUGCUGAGCGAAACUAAUUUGAGCUUCUUAUUAUUUUAAUUUUUGCAAAAUACUGCAUAACAUUCGCUAAUGGUGCAUAGUGUUAAAUUAAAACAAAUCAAAUAUGCUGACAUAAACGUGAUAAUGGUGUUUUUAUGUCUACUAAAUCAAAUAUAGUAUCGCGGUGGCGGGUUGCGAGCACGGCGCGGGCGGGGGCGGGGGCGGGGGCGCGGCGGGGCGCGGCGCAGACACGAUCCGGCGCGUGAAGGUGAAGAUGUCGUCGGUGUCGGCGCAGGGCGUGGUGGAGCGCGCGUCGGCCGAGCUGUCGCGCCGCAUCACGGGGCUGGGGCUGCGCGGGCGGCGGCGCUCGCCGGGCGUGGUGGAGCGCGUGGCCAACGCGCUGUGCGGGCCCGCCGCCGCCGCGCCCCGCGUGCCCCGCCGCCGGCGCCCGUCCCCGCGCCCCCUCGUCUGGACCCAGUACGUCCAGGAGGAACGCUUCCUCGAAAAGUUCUUCCUGUAUUUCAACUCCAACGAGCGACGGACGUUGGCUCAAGUCUGCACCAAGUGGCGCGACGUGCUGUACUCGUCGCCGCGGUGGUGGACCGGCCUAGUGGCGGUCCUCGACUGCCGCGAGCUUCGCUCGGCCGCCGGCUUCUGCAUGCAGAGGUUCUAUAACUCCUUAGUUAGAAGAGGAAUCCGCGGGGUUGUGUUAGUUUCGGCUAGUGAUGAUGAUAUUAAUGAAUUUAUAAGGCAGUUUCCCUUGUCGGCUCACCACGUCCACGCUAUUAGCCUAAAAGGAUGCACGAUAACAGAUAGAGGGCUUGAAGCGAUCCUGGAUCACCUACAGGUUCUGUUUGAACUAGAACUAACUGGUUGCAAUGAAAUAACAGAAGCUGGUUUAUGGGCAUGUCUAACUCCACGAAUUGUCUCACUCACGCUUACUGACUGCAUUAACAUUGCUGACGAAGCCGUAGGAGCAGUGGCGCAACUCCUGCCGUCCCUAUACGAAUUCUCCCUGCAAGCGUACCAUGUAACGGACGCGGCGCUCGGCUACUUCUCGCCCAAACAGAGCGCCUCGCUCAGCGUGCUGAGGUUGCACAGUUGCUGGGAGCUCACCAAUCACGGCGUCGUCAAUAUUGUGCAUUCCCUUCCAAACCUGACAGUAUUGUCACUGAGCGGGUGCAGCAAAGUGACGGACGAGGGCGUAGAGCUCCUGGCCGAGAACUUGCCGCGGCUCCGCUGCCUCGACCUGAGCUGGUGUCCGCGCGUCACCGACAACGCGCUCGAGUACAUCGCCUGCGACCUCAACCACCUGGAGGAAUUGACUCUAGACCGUUGCGUGCACAUAACGGAUAUAGGCGUGGGUUACAUCAGUACGAUGCAAUCGUUAGUGGCGCUGUUCCUGCGCUGGUGCUCGCAGCUCCGUGACUUUGGCGUGCAACACCUUUGCGGCAUGCGGUCGCUGCAGCUGUUGUCACUGGCAGGUUGCCCGCUGCUGACGUCAGGCGGUCUCUCGAGCCUGAUCCAACUCCGGCAGCUGCGCGAGCUCGAGCUGACGAACUGCCCCGGCGCCUCGCCCGAGCUCUUCGACUAUCUGCACGAGCAUCUGCCGCGGUGCACCAUCAUAGAGUAA